AUGCCGUCACAAGAAACCAAUGCCCUGGCAGACCCCGUGGUCACUGUUCUAGGCCGAGACCCGCCCCGUCGCAAGUGUUUGCUCAACGGCGCUGCCUUUCAACAGGAUGCUGUGGUCUCCUACGCCGGCUGGCAAUAUGCUGUCUUUUACAGUCCCCUGCCUGGAUCCGAAGAACCGGUCUUUGUGCACGUGGCCCGCCGCAAGCUCCCGGCAUGCGCAUGGGAGAUUUUGAUCCUUCAAGAUUACCCGCAGACGGUUGAUGAUGGACACAAUACGGUGCAGAUGGGCAUCUGUCUCGGAGACGGCACUAUUCACCUCUCAUAUGACCAUCACUGCGAUGUUCUGAGAUACCGCCACUCAGUACAAAAUCUGGCUACCAAUCCAGACCAGUUCACUUGGAACGCAGACCUGUUUGGCCCGACUCUGGACCACCUACCCGGCCUGCCCAACACCCAUGAGCAUUUCAGCUAUGUCACAUACCCACGCUUCGUCAACUCGGGUCGCGGCCAGGACAUGCUAAUGUCCUUCCGCACCGGCAAGGCCGGGCUCGGUGAUGACCAUCUGUACGUCUACCGCGCGACGGUGGCGCGUUUUGAGUUUGUCGGCACGCACCUUGUGGGCGUGCAGAGCAACCCGUACGUGCACGGCAUGGAUAUCGAUGCCCAGCGUGGUCGCCUGCAUGUUACGUGGGUCUACCGCGGCUUCGUCCACUACCAAGGUUGGGAUGACCCGCUUGAUACCAAGCACAAGCAGCAGGCGGGACCCAACGGGGCAGAAAAUAAUCACAACCUCUGCUAUGCAUACAGUGAUGAAUGUGGGCGAACCUGGCGAAACACGCACGAUCAGAUCGUGGCGGAUUUGGGAAAUGACAAGGCAGCUGGUGUCAGACCGGACGCGGCUGGGUUGGUGGUUUUUGAGAUUCCCAAGGGAUCAGGCUUGACGAACCAGGAAAGCCAGGUGGUUGAUCCGGACGGGGGCGUCCACGUUUUGAAUAGGGUGUGCACGCAUGGUCCUGGCAAGGCAGAAUGGUGCCACUUCUACAGAAACCCUGAAAAAGGGCAAUGGCAACAAAACUCCAUUGGGAUGACUGCAGAUUGUAGACGCGGAAGGCUUGCAGUCAGCCAGUCUGGUGAUCUCUUUAUUAUCCUUCCGGCCUCGAACAUUCCAGGCCUGACAAUCCUGAAGGCACUGAAGACAAACGGCUAUGCCAAGUAUCAGCGCAUAUGGCAGGGCGAUGGUCUAUCAGGGGAGCCCUUAGUCGACAUUCGAAGGUUGAACGACGGCGACGGAGUGAUGUCCGUGUUUACGAGGCGAGUUCGAGAUGAUGAGAAGGAAGUAGUCGUCCUGGACUUUGAGCUACGAUAA